AUGAUUGUGGAGCCGAUCCUUCUAGCUGUCCGACAGAACCCUAAAAUUGCAGUGUACGUCAAUUUUUUCCACCAUUGCAGACUUUUGAGUUUACAAAUACUUUGGGACGAGGUGAGGGGAAUUUACUUUGAUUUCAAGCCCUUGAAUGACAAAGUUUUGCUACCAACCUGAAGGACAUGCAGUUUACCUUGAGAUUCUUGAGAGCCUGUCUCUCCUCUUGUAUUAUAAAUGUCAGAUGCCCUUUUUAAACGCCAGUAAGUUAGGGCCUAUAGGAAAUGUCCAAAACCACAAUUGCAAAUUGUGGUUGUUGAGCGGACAGCGGCAAAAAUUACUAAAUCACCUUGCUCAUCGGUGGACUUGUCCAAAUAACGGUCAGCCUUAUUUCACCAUUUAGUACUGAAAAGGCUCUCUGCCGAGGUCCAGAGAAGGGCCAUCUCACUGCGGUAAUUUCAUGUUCUCGUUAAUAGCCGUAGGUGUUUUUUACCUGGGCUUACUCUAUAAAAGAGCAUAUAGACCCCUGUUUAGGCGGAUUCGCUUUACAAUGUUUAGGGACUGUCGACGUCCUCUGAUGCACUUCGUAAAUACACUUACUUUGCUGACCUAAGUAAAAUGCCGGAUAAAUCUGAUUCGUGUUAACCUCCUAGUGCAAUCAGGUCAAGUUGAUAAAUGUUAAAAUAAGGUUGACUUACCGAAAUCUGAUCCCCCUAAGAAAUUAUACGGAAUUUAUAUUCCAUCAAAGUCAGGUAUUAUAUGUGGGGCUAUAAUAUGGGUUAGGCUGUGCUUUAGAAAUACGUUUUCAGUAACUGGCUAUUAAGAUUUCGAUUUUUUAAGUCUAUGGGCUACAAUGAACGAUUCCUAACGGAGUUAAAACUAAAUGGCAGAAUAUAGGCGCGUGGUUAAGCGGUAGAGAUUUUAUAUUAAUUUUUUAUAUCUUGGAAGUACGAGUUUGAACCUCUGUGUCUUUGCGACGUGAGGUUCGGAUUUGCAUGGCUGACGACCACAGAUAAGUUAAAAACGGUCACGUCAAUCCCCUUUGUCGUUUUUAAUAACAUUCUCUUAAAAACGCAUAGUGAUUUUAAUGUGCUGAAAAUAACUUUGUGUCGGUGCCUUUCUUCUUCAGCUUGGUCAGUCACUACCUACUUUAUAUGAUGCCAGGUCUUUGGGUAAGUUGAAUUUAACAUGAAACCUUGGAUGACAUGCGCUUUAGUUUGUGGCUGUCUAUCAAACACUCAUAAAAUACGUUCAGGCCCAGGUACGUGUUUGGGAGGUUACUAUCUAUAAGAACAGAGCUUUUUGUGUCAUGUACUGAUGAAACCAUUUCCGCUGUUCCUAUUAUAGAAUAGAGUCGUGGCCCCGUUGAUAAUAGGAAUUACGGGAAAUUGUAUCAACGCAUUGUUGCACUAUAUUUUGCUUUACCAUUUGGAAACUGGAAUCACGUAAGCUUUGAUUAAUACUUACGGAGAUUUAAUUCAUGCUUUAGUAAUGUAUGCAUUGUUUCUGACGAACAUUCAGUAGCAUUCGCGCAGAAAAUCCGUAUGCUAUGCAUUGCUGCCAGCUGAACGUUUAGUUUUUGUUGCAAGACGAACAUUUUAAUCAUGUCAGGCAACCGAUAACAGAAAUCGUACGCAGUACAUCUCGACCAAAUCCUUUCUCGUCAAAACUCGUUAACGGUCGAAGAGAAACAUUUGGCAUAGUUUUUACUGCAUUUUCGUUAUCGGGCGCUACAUGGACUGCAGUGCCUUCGUAACCGCUAAUUACCCCACUUUCGUGGAACCUCGUACGUGGAGAUAAAUACGAUAAAUUAUUACUGCUAAUGUCACAUGAACAUACUGUUAGUAAGCAUAGGGUGCUUUUCAUCUACGGUUCACUGUCUUAUUCAGUCAGUCUCAGUUAGCGUACAUCUAGUAAUUCACGUCUACCCGGGGAGUAGGUGGCAUUGGUUGAACGAUGAGGCCCCACUCCAAAAUUAUAUGCAAAAUCUGCUUAACUCUGCUUUGGUCAGUGGAAGAGCUGGUUCAUCUUGAAUGCUGUGCUGACAGUGGUCGCUAAAAUAACGUAACAGGAGGUUUACGUAUUGUGUACAAGGCAGCACUAGAGUAGCCAAUACUCGUACGUGAGAUCAUAUUGGUGACAGCGGGCAGAAGAGUUUAUUUACCAGUCCAACUUUUGGCUGCCUAGUUGUCUACUGAUAACUGGUGAUGGAGCGACCUCUAGUCAGGAUUAGCUGUCAAAUAAGCGGGCUCGUGAGUAUAAUGAAGAAGCAGUCUCGGGCUGCCAGGAAGUGGAGGACCGAGAUCUCGCAAGAAAGGUCUGGUGACUACGUUGUGACACGGUGAUCGUGAACCCUCAUUAAACAGGCCUCCUUUCCACUGUUGUCUUAAGACUAGGCUCUUAAGACAAAGAGCCAGAGAACGCAGCCUAGAAUAAACAAUCCGGUCGGCUGCUCUGUUUCCUCUAUCCACGCACCAAAAUCAGUCGCUGCCCAGCGCAAUUAACAGACUCACUCGCAGAUGACGAACCAGUCGAAGGACUUCCUCGUUGUGAAUUGCCGAUCGUUGUCGGGAGCGGAAUGGCUGGACUGAGCCAGACACUUUCCGCUCCUCCAUUCUAUUCACAUACCCCGCUUGUAUGAAAGGACGAACCAUAAUCGAAUGCACUUAGCAUUCACAUGUUCAGUUUGUACCUCGUUCCAAUAUAAAUUGACAGGUCCGAUGAGAAGUUAUCGAAGGCAUGCGUGAGCUCGCCCAAUACUCUUCUGAACUGCUCCAUGGGAAUUUUCGCAAAUUUCUAAAUAGCCGACUUACUGAAGGUUUCGGGUACUUGCACCGUCAUCGCCAAAACAUAAUGGAUUGACAUUCAAGUGGAACUCUUACGGCUAACCGAAUCGACAGCAUACAAAUUGCGUUACCGUAAUUGGAAUCCUGACUGCAGAUCGAUGUGAACUGGCAACACAUAUGGGACAAAUUAUGUUUUUUAAAGCACACCUUAAAGUGAAUGUAUCGUCUUCGUCAAACUUUGCACGUAUAAGAGGAGAAGCAAAAUUACGACAUCCAGUCUUCCUUUACAAUCCGAGUCAGUUAACAAGACAUCUAAGAAACGCCUCUAACUGAUCUAUGGUGAGUGGAUCAGCUCCAAAUCAUGAGGUACAGCUCGUUCUGUGCCCCAUAACGGUGAUUUUUCCCGCCCACUCCGAAAAUGACAAACUUGGCUAGAGAUGGUCGUAAAAUUUAUUGAGCUGAAAGGGCGACCAACAUAAUACAGGCCUCAAAUGUUGAUGACACUCAAAAUCUAUGGCAAGUGGUUAAUCAAGUCGGAGGUAGUCUUGAUGCAACAAGUAAAUUUAUUUAAGAGUCAGUUGGCGAACAUGUGUUUCCGGAAAUUCAUCAUCAGGCCGGUACAUGUAUAUGGGUAAUGAUCCGUCUAAUUGUCGACAGGCUAUCCAGAAAGCGGCUAUCCAGAGCGAUUCAUCCUCCGGAAUAUUAGAGAGCGUGUCACAAAACCUCUCUUUGCAACUGCAGCUAAGAAAGAUUUAUUUCUAAGACUGCCUUUUCUAGGAGACGCAGCGGGCGAAUUAGUGAGACGACGUCUUAGGACAGCUCUCGCGAGUGCCGUCCCCGCGACGAAUUUGCGCGUAUUCUUCGCAAAUUCCCCCUACUACGAUUGGGGGGCAAAGACCGGCUGCCGUUACAGGCUACAUCCAUGUGUAUUUAUUCAUUCACCCGUUCCUGCGGUGCAGGAUAUAGUGGCCGUACAACCAGUCGUCUGGAAAAGAGGAUACGCGAACACAUGCCUGCCUGGCUAGGUAUAGGUGAACAUCGAUCGAUUUCGAGUUCAAUUUUCGCACAUCUAACCGAUACGAAUCACCAAGCCGACGCUAAAGAAGCUUUUAAAGUUAUCUAUCGGGCACCGGCACACUACUCUAAAGGCCUGCGCAAACGGGUGUUAGCCACAGCCGAAGCAGUGGCCAUUCGUCUGGCGAACCCAGCACUCGGUUGUCAGAAGACGCUGACACAAGCAGUAUGUCCGCCCUGGCCGACUCCAGACGGUGAUCGCACGCCGUCCCGACGCACUGAGAGCAGUCACACGCAUUCACAGCGCUUAUAAUCUAAUUGGAACCCCUCUUCUUCCCCCCCCUCCCACCCCAACUCCACCGUUUUCGACACGUUGACUCCGUCAUGCGGGCGGCGUGGGAACAUGGAGUCCGAUUAACCCUGCUCCCGAGACGUAUUUAUACCCUGUCGACAAUUAGACUGAUCAUUACCCAUGUACAUGCACCGGCCUGAUGAUGAAUUACCGAAAACAUAUGUUCGCCAACUGACUCUUCAAUUGUAGUAUGGGAAUUUUCGCAGAACUAAAUUCAUUUACUAUAUGACUGACGUCUUUGUUUCUGACAACUUAGCCAAAGUCGGGUUCCGACACAAGCGCUUUCAGUGACGUCUCAAAUCCGAUGCAUUCCUUCUCAGUCCAUUCAAUGUCAUCUGAUCCCACUCUGCUGGGGAAUUCUUUAAUGCAGUACUGAGACUACGCCACAAUAAGACGUGUGGAGUUCACGGAAUUUUCACUGGAGUCUGUAAGCCUUAUGUCAAUGCUCAGGAAUCCUGGUCCAUUGAGGCGACUGUAUGACCUUGGGAUGAUGAGCUCGUUCCCGAUGGUUGUGACUUGAUUUUCUUGUGACUGGCCUCAAGAAGAGACAUAGGCCGUCGCUAUAAAGGUCUUCAUCAUUGUCAUUCUCUGGUUGUUUCAAAUUGUGCCGGAUUCCAAAACGAGAUUUGACCAAGCAGGAUUCAUAGUCUGAUAUAGAUUCACUGACCAGAUAUUCACGUUGUGGCCCAUUCUUAAAUUUCGCUAUGGUUCCAGCAACCCACGGUCGUCGGUAUUGCCGAAUUCACUGCAACGCCCGCAUGCGCUCAUCAUAAAUUUCUGCUGCAAAUAUUAUGUAUAGAUAACAUGUCGACAGAACACACCUCCUCUUCACGAGUCUCGCCCCAAGGAAAUCUCUCCCAGCAAUUCGAUGCGCACCCUGAUUGCACUCUUACGCCCAUGCUGUACAGUUGCGUCGUUUAGCGAAUUAUAGCGAGGAUCCUACAGGGGGCAUCAAGUUUGUCCCUAGAUACCGACUGACUGGCAUCGAAUAUUCUGACGGCGUCACCCAGUUAGGGUUAAGCGAGAAUGUUUUGCUAAAGGAGAUGACGUGAUUGGAUAGGGUAGGUUUAUCAAGUAAUUUUGGGAAGACGGCGUUUUCGGGCUGCGUUCCCGAUCAGGAUAAGAAACCUCUCGGAAUUAAUGCCUACCGGACUGAAGAAGUCGGCAAUUCCAGUUAUUUCGUGUCGAAGCUGCUGUCAAAUAAACAAGAGAAGGACGACGUCGUCUUCUGGACCGAUGCAACCCCAAAAGAUUCUUGCAGUCUUUAGAAGGCGUCUGUGUCUGGAGCGAUAUCUGCGUUAUCACAAAACUUCAUUGCGCACGAACAUCUGUCUAAUCAGUUCUAUUGUAAGGCUCUGAAGUUUAAGCUAUGUGUGUUGAAAACGACAACAAACUGAACGUGCUUGACCACUGUUUCCCGAAAACCAUCAAUCGAGUGGAGUACGCUAACUUCGUCCCCAAAAAGACAAUCUGCACCCAAUGUGACAUCGUAGGGACACCUUAAGUCACCCGUAGCUGAGAUGGUUUUGUUAUCUUCUUCGUCCUCCUUCCAGUGACUCCAUCGUCGCUACUCCUUACGCAACAUCACUGUGCAAUCAGGGGUGUCGAUGAGGUGGUCAGCGCAAAACCUGGACAUACGCGGUCUACUAAUUUGUCGAGGUAGCAAUAGGCGACAACUUGAAAGUACUCAAAUCAGAAAGCAGAGCAGACCGUUAAACGGAAAAGCUUCUCUUCGACGAAAGAGUGAACACAUAGAUCAGCAGGCAGUGUCAACCAGCGUUCGCAUCAGGAAAGUGCAUGCAUGUGAAUUUCGUCCGACUGCAGUCAGUCGGUGAAGAAAGAAGUAACGACGUCACAGUCUCGUAAGUCAAGCUUUGAAUCACGCUCGCAUUCGGACGGGAGGCAGCAUAGGUAAGCAGCAAAGCUAACGACAAUGAGAGCGAGCAACUAAAAAGUCACGGAAGUGUUUCUUGGCCCUUCGCCCCUUGGAAUCCGUCGUCGGAGGGGAGGGUGGGUUGAGGUCUGCAAAUUCUUUACCAUAACUCUUCGCGCGUUGUGAGGUACAACUCAAGAUCUCUUCAAGAGGGGUUAGAUUGGGCAGGUUCAUUGCCGUACAAAAGGCGAGAAAGAGGACAUCGUCUCCAUUUGUUAGUUGGCUUUCUUACCUGCCCCUAAAAGCUUUCUAAAAGAUCUGUAUGUCUGCUCUUGGGUAAAAUGUACUAAAAGUGGCCUGAAACUACAAUCAACUUGACAGGCAACUUGUUACGACAGCUGAUAAUCCGUAUCUCCUCUAUAACCCUUGUGUUUCCUAACAUGACGAAAUCGAUCACUGCCUCUUCCUUCACCUAGCUGCCCCAGAUUACACAACCUCCUUCCCACACCCCCUCCCAUUAUUUCGCUUACCCCUAACUAAAGGAAAUGGUGGAUUAACUUUUACGACACGUGUCAUAGUAAUUGUUCGGAAUGUCUGGGUUUGGAAAAGGAAUAAACCGAUUCGAGGCGAUCUGUUAGCCAUCCUAAUUAUCCAUCAUCGUCGGGCCUGAAAAGUAGCAAGUUAACUAAUUUUCUGCAUGACUGCACUCGGUGUACGCUUCCAAUAUAUCGUGCAUUUUAAACAGCUACUUAAAGCCGCUGUCUUAUCGCUUCUAGAUAUUGUCCGUUUUUUUUUUUCAAAGUUUGUAUUUUCAUUUCAAGCCUGACUUCAGAAUAUGCUUGAUUGCAGCGGCUCAGCCAUUUCGCAGUCAACUGCCUAUUGUGUUCAAUUUCUUGGUGCGCUCGGCUAUCUGAAGUGGUCUGGAUUGCUUAACAGCACCUGGCGAGGUAUGCAAACUGUCACCUAGUCGCUUUAAUUCAAAUGAGCUGCCUUUUUGUAUAGCACGCGAGCACUAAAUACAAAAUAUAGUUUUUGAAUAUCACCCAUUUUCUGUGUAGAAGAUUCGGACGGUUGUCUAGAACCACCAUUCAAAUAUAAAUAUAUGAAUGCAGAGUGCCGAUAGAAGUUCGGUAAUAGCAAUUUUAGUACGGAUCAAAACCGAUGGAGCCGCAGUUGCCCUCGACUGAGCAGGCGGAGUAUGAUAUGCAGUCCACUACAGUAGAUAAUGUAAUUCAUAAAUCAAAUUCCAGAGUAUACUUUCAACCACAAAAUAUUGCAUAAAUAAAGCUGAAAUGCCGACUACCAUGAUUGAGGACCUCAAGGUGUCUGAACCUAAAGAAUGAAUCGGUGUUAACUAGAGGCAGUUUAUAUGGCAUUUAAAUUGUUUCGACCGAGGUGUAGAGGAGCAUAUUUUAACGCAAUUGCAGAAAACCUCACGAGCUGCCUGUAUGGAUAAACCGUUAUCAAAACAGUGAUCCAAAAAUUCCGCGUGGAUUUGACGCUUUGUUUCAUUUUAGGGGACACAGCCCGAUGCCUCCUGUUCGUUAUCCUUCGACGUGUGCUAUUGUUGGGGGAGGGAAGGGGAGAUAUACUCUGGAUGGAAUUCCGAUAGAAUCUGGCUACUUUCCCAGAGUAGGAUGCGCACCGGACUGAUUAAUCAGAGAGAUAUGUCAAAGAAAAAAGAAGUCUUAAACACAAGUACUUAGAAGGACUGGUAUUUAAUGUAUAAAGGGUGAACAGUGACGUAGCUGAAACAUCCCCGUCAAACUACAUUUAAAUUUUGUUGGUCUUUUUAAAGUUGGGAAUAUAUAAUAUUUGCGUCAAUCUUUACUCACCGGUAUAUAUCGCCAUACAAGUAAACAGAAGUAGACGAGUUUUAGGUUGGAUCUUGUUUCGUAGCCUUUCCUGUUGUAGACAAGCCCCAGUCGUCUGUCAUACGGGACCUGUGCUAAUGGAGGGUUUAACCCCAAUCCCUCAUCCCUAACCCCAACCCCUUACCCUAACUCCUAACCCCUAACCGUAACACCUAAUUCCUAACCCCUUGGCCCUAGCCUCUAACAGGUACGCUACAAAAUAAGAUCUUGUCGAGUCUUAUUCUUGACUAAAAAUCGAGACUUUGCUAGUUCAAAUAUUGACAGAAGGCAGGACAUGUACUGAUUUUUUUUAUCUGAUUCCUUUGCAUGGCACUGUAGGUCGUUAACCCCAGUUAGACAUACUAAUGACUGAAAUAUCAUUAUUUAUGUGCCAAGUAUCACUGCCUGCAGCGUUCGGCUGUUUAGGUUUGUUGAAAAUCCUGACAGUUCAGCCGUUGUGGCCGGAGACCGAAGCUUUGACAACACCUUCAAUAGGCAUUUAACGUAGACCCUUGAAACGUUUUCAAUAGAUGCAUUCCCACGGAAAGUUAUCACUCAUUCUGGAGAAACUUUGAAGAUCUAAACAUCGCAUUUGGCAAUCUUGUAUCCCAAAAUGCUGGAUGAGCCUCAGGAGUAAUUUUCGUUCCAUUUCUUUAGGCUUAAGGCCUGUCGACAGCAUUUUAGACACAAGAGGGUGUCUUGUCAAAUAAAAAGUAUCAACUGAAUAUACCAUAACAGAAAUACAAGCAGGGCGGCAUGCAUAGGAUGCACAGAUUCCCACACAAUCCGAAAUGCCAGAGAGGAAGUUAAACUGGGACACUAAACUUCUGCCUUGAUGAAUUAUCGUAAUUACUUUUGACUUUUUAGGAUAUGCAAAGGAGAUGUGGCUAGACUGGUUCACCUGGUUCAAACUGGCUCUUCCUGGACUUGCUAUGACCGGACUAGAAUGGUGGAUUUUCGAAUUUGGGACUAUAGCAGCAGGUUAGUUUUACACUGCAGUGCAUAGUAUUACGCCAGGAAUUAGGAGGAAUUAGCAAAUAAAAAGGCGCAUAAAGUUUUCUUGGUUUUAACAAAGACAAUCCACCAACAAAUCUGAAAAUUCUCUCCCAACCGAAUCUGUUUGUCGUACAAGCUUACCGACCACAGAUAAUGUUUUGUUGACAUCCGUGUGGCGUCCUCGGAAAAGUAGAGAAAAACUUCAGUACCUUGUUUAAUUUUAUCGGAAUUUAAACAAGGCAAGGUAAAACCCGCUUUCAUAUACAAGAAAACAAACGGGAAAUGUCGGAUGACCCACUGAUGAGCCAAACCCCUCACAGCUGCGUCAGGCAGCAGCACAUGAUCGGCGAAACACGCGUGUCUGGGCUUUCAACUAGCCCGGUGUUGUCAGGAUGGUAAAUAAUUUCACAAUGAUUUCAGUGUUGUAACAAGCUUUAUGCAAUAACCGAAGCCUAAUAGUUUUUGAGCUUUCUGCUCCAAAGCCUUCCAGAAUGCAUUUUUGUAGGCAUUAGAAACAUAUGGAUAACAUAUGCAUUAGGGGUUGCUUAGGAUGAAAAGAAGUGUGGAUACUUGGGCAAAGCACGGGAACGAUUGACUUUCACUGACGUCGAAGGUAAAUGAUUGGAGUGAUAAAGUUAAGACAAGCACGUUCUAAAUCCAUUCAACACUCCUUCAUGCUUUCAAAAGCGCGUUAAUACAACCAGAAUACAUAUCCUUUGCUUCAGCAGAUUUGAGGACAGGCGGCGAUCAUUUUUCUUGCUCUCAUCAAUUGCCCAUAGGAAAUGAGUUAGCCUGAACCAGUUUCCAAUUGUUCAUGGUCAUUUUUGGUUCACUAUCCGUCGUCAGCCAGUUUUACCCAACCCCGGAGUGUGGAACGCCUGGGGCUCCUGUUAUCUUGCCUAUAUAAUGCGCCGCUGUGCGGCUGCUGGUUGAGCUCGAGAGAGAACCUGCAAGGCAUAAUGGAACGAGUGAGUUCCGUAUGAACGAUCGACGAGCGCCCCUACCAUUGUAUUUACAGUUUCAGUUGACUGGAUAUAUCCAGUGGCCAUAAAGGAAAACAGUCGUUUUUCGAACUAACCAAAGUGGCUGAUCAUGUCCUUGAUUGCUUGAUUACAAGAGAACCUUUUGAACCCAGACAGGAAUUGUAGACAAAUGCGCACUAACCACUUGUUUUAAAUAGUGCUCAGUAAAUACUUUUCUGGUGUGAAUGACGUAAUAUGGAUCACGAAAAAUAUGGUGACAACCGCUAAAAUAUCAACAAGUCAUUGCUAUAGGCAUAUUAUUCGCUGUUAGUAAUGAAGGCUUUUGUCUAGGACUCACUUACCGUUUAAGCAGUAUAUUAGUACCCAAAUAUUAAUGUUUUAUGGAAUGUUGAAAGUUUUCUCCAGCAGUACGAUAUUAAUUAGGCCUGGUUUUGCGAUUUUUCUCCCUCAUGGCGGUUAUUUAACACACCAGGUGAGGAGUUCUUAUACAACCCUUUUCUCUUACAGGCGUGGUGGGCGAGAAGGAGCUAGCAACUCAGACUAUUAUCUUCAACGUGCAGUCUCUCUCUUAUACCCUGGUAAACAUUUUUUAUGAAAAACCUUGCAUAACUAGUUAGCAUUAUUAUCUACUAGAAGACAAUAAGGACGCUUUAGUUCAAACGACAUUUAUGCAUUCGAAUUUAACGUAAAUUGAAAUUACUUUUUACUUAGACAUUGCCUUUGUUUUUUUGAGAUCUACCUUUGCUAAUGCGCUUGCUGUUCGUCGAGUAAUUGGCAUCGCCUGCAUACGUAGGUGUGAAAUUUCGUUUUCCGUCCAGAGAUUCGUUGUGUAAUAAUAUGGUAAAUCAACCAAAAAACCAUUUUUUAAGCAAAUGGAUUGGUGUUCUUCGUUUUAGUUGCCGCUUGGACUGGGGAUCGCGUCAAGUAUUCGGGUUGGACAGGGUCUUGGCGCACAGAACGUACUAAGACCAAUAACAACAACUUCAGUGACUAUGGUGCUAGUUUGUAAGUGUUUCGACUACCUUCCACGAGGGAUUUUCAGUGCAUAAAAUACAUCCAUCAGACUGCCACUUUCAUUAGAGUUUAAGUCAUUUUCGGAAUGCUACAGACAGUGUGCGCUUCAGGAGACAGACGAGUGCUUAACCUCUCGGCAAAUCGGGUAUUUCCAGUCACGAUGGCAAAAUGUCCUCCCUAUCGUAUCCCUAUCAUAACUGUAAAGGAAGAACCUGGAAAGAAUAAGCAUUUCGUUGGUUACAUCCUGUAGGUCUUUUAUUAGCCCCUCUCUGGCGUGAGCAGAAGACCAGGAGGACGAACAAAUGGCCCUUUCCUUCUCCACGGGAUCCUCUCUCUAACAUGUUAGACAAGGUCGUUCACUUCCAAAGCGUCUACCUCUGGUCCGUGACUUCUCCACGUAGUCCUCCUGACUGAGAUCCAAGUUUAGUGGACUCCUUUGUGGUGUUUUCCUUCGUUAGUUGUCGUCACGGCGAUAUCCGAGGUUCUAAACCGGUUCGUGGCUGUUAGAGUGAUCAGUACGUGUGCGAAUGUGUCGCAGAAGCAAAGUGGUCAGUCAGCUGCUGUAUCCGGAAGCUACCUCCAGUUUAUCCUAAUUUCACCUGUUCAGGAAAUAAAUUUUCGGCCCUCCUUAUCUGUCCUGGUAUCUAGAGAGAAAUAGCUUGUAACUUCUUAGCAGGUAAAAGAAUUGAGACUUGAGGGGUAGAGGACCAGGUUGUUUUGUUAUCCUUCUUGGUAGGGCCUUACGACCAUUCUAGGCAACACAGUAUCAGAACGACCGAUGUCUAAAAAGUUCAAAGUCUUCUAAUUGCUGAUUGGUAGUCCAAAGACAAAGCACAGCUUCCCACUUCCGUCCCGCAUUUAGGGUAUAUUAAUGCGCGCCACUGUCACGUGAGUGAAGUAUGGCUUUUUUAACAGAAAUAGAGAAACACGUGGGUGACGGCUAAUGGCCGGUCAGACGCUCAGCCCGAGUUAAUUUCCAGUACCAUUUAAGUUAUCUUACUAAAAGAAUCCUGUGUAUUACAAGCUCGUUCUAGUUCACCGAAGAACCUACGAAAGUUCUACUUUCUCCCGAAACUGCUGAAGAAGAGCUCAUCGAAAUUUUUUAUCUGCUUGCCUGGAAAUUAAAACAGAAAUACCUUAAAAUACAAAUAUGUCCAUAUUAUCUCAUCAUUAUCGUAAGUUAAGGCCGUUGACGUAAUUUGUUUUCGCUAUUUAAGGCGCCAUUUUAGACUCGAAGAAUGAGGGCUUUUGAGGAAAGCGCUUAAUGUUUUUUCAUGGACAUUAAACAUUUCAUGCAACAUUCUGCCAAGUGAAUACGCGUUUGAACGACUUUCCUGAUGCAUCAUUAAAUCAGUUGCUGCAAUAUUUAGCGAGGAGUCGCUGUAUUGCCUUUAAUCUGUGGCAAUCUCAGUUAUUUUCGUGACGAAGUUUCCAACCAAAUUGUAUUUCCACAAAUUUCGGCUUAGCAAUUAUUUCAACUUUGUGAAAUGUUACCGAACAAGGCAAGGGAAGACAAAAUGUCUAUUUCGCAAUUAUUCUCCAUCGCCAGUGAACCCUACUUGAAAAUAGCGUAUUCCAUCAAACCUCUUAUAAGACAAUAAGAUUAAUCCGAAAGGCCUAGACCGCGAUUGUGAGAUCCUGGCUACCGUGACCAUUAGGCCCGGUCCCAAUCAGAAAGUUAGGGUGGACGCCUGCUGAGAGGGCUGUUGAUUCUGUACAGAAUAACAGGAAAAAAUGGUUGGAGAGAGUUAGCAGCCGGACGAGGACAUGCUCGGCGCCGGGAGAGCGGCGUCCUAAGUCCCCUCAUCAGGGAAUGCGUCAAAGCGUCGUAAGCCAGGGGGUCUGACUCGGCUCUGAAAAUGAUUGGCCAGUUGCAAAGUCGAGUGGGCGAACUGCAGACAGUCCUGGUGCGCACGUGCGUGCACCCACACGAGGCCCAGCUUUGCGACGGGCGCUGGUAGUAGAGUCACUUCAUAUUCGUAUGAAAACGACAAUACGGAGACGAUCACUAAUGACAUUUUCAUCAUCUCCAACAACCAUAACCUAACAACUGGCCAGACUGAUCCGAAAUUAGAAACUAGUUCAAUUGUUUUGAGGGAAAUCAAGUUCUAAUGCCUUUCCAGUGGACCAAUUUCUGGAGCUUUGCUGAGGACUUUGGGGUUCAUUUUAUUCUGCCCAUAAACUGGUGACACGCAAAGUGUUGUAUGCGAGGUCUACAGCCGUAUAUUCAACUCGGAGUUACAUUGUAGGCAUAAACAUUUCGCCAAAAAUAUAAACACAGUCGUCAAGGCUCCUUUAGUCGGUAGCCUUGCUAUUUCUUAUAAUGAACCACGCUGUCAGACACGGUAAAACAUCCAUUAAUUGUACCUGCCCGGCAGGAUUCAUGUAGGUUUACAAAGUCAAUCCCACUUCUCUUUGAAGCGCAAGGAGGAUAGUCUCAGUUAAGGCGUCAGAGCAAAAACUAUGGUAAAAUUAUAUCUGAUCGAUUUAAAAAUAUCUGCGCGUGAUUUUAUAAUCAGUAUAAUUAUAUCUUUAUUGAAUCUGCCAUUGUGCAAUAUCCCCGAAAGCUUCUAAAACUGAAGCUAAAACUUCAACAUCUAGUUUUUUGUGAUUGAAGAAAAUUUCCCCCUAGGAUUGCUAAAACUUCGUUUGAAUGCGGGCUCUUUCUCCGUCCCUUAUGUUAACCGAACUUCUUUGCCUGACUGCUUAGUACAGCCCUAAAAUAAAUCGUACAAGCUACAAACUAAAUUAAGUAGUUUUAGGGUCAUUCCAUUUUAACUUAUAUAUUUGUACAAGGCGAAGGCGACAAAGCAUGCAGACUUUAGUGACGUCAUAAGUUUCGAGACCUCUCAUUCAGCUGCACACGGUCAUUGCAUAGUUAUAUUACAAGGCAAAACUGUUCAAUCAACGAUCGACCUAAAGAGCUAAAACGUGAUAGAGAGAUGGCCUGCGGCCCACACUACAAAACGUUGAUCGUCUCGCCCUCUCGAAAAUGGAGGAAUGCGUAUACUCACUCUCAAAUCUGCGCUGCCAACUAGACCAGUCACAGCAUGUGAUGGACUCGGUGAGUCCAAUGUGUUUGUUAUUGUUUACAAAAUACGUUCUAAACUUGCAAGCUAAAGUAAGACAAUCGUCCCACGCUGAUCUGAUGAAGUCGCUAAAUAGACAACCCGUAGACGAAUCGUUUCCAGUAAAUCCAGAUGACUACAUUGUCAACAUGUCGAAUUUGAAACUGACUAAACUGCAAGCCGAGGCCCUCUCUUUAGGACUUAAGUUUUGUGUGCCGAGAAGAAAAAUAGAUCCGACGGAGAUUGAGGCUCAAUUUGAAGACCUAUAUCACCAAUUAUCGGAAUUAACACCGACGUCAGAGGACAAUGUGAGAUGGUUGAAAGCGAAACUCGUAGAUAUCGCCUAUCAAUACAGAACUUUCCCAACUACGCAACGCUCACUGCUAACCAGACAACACAUCUCGGCCCUAACUGACCUACGUAAGACUACUGAAGUUGUCAUCUCAAGACCUGACAAAGGAAGCGGGGUCGUGAUCCUAAACAAGACUGAUUACGUGAGAAAGAUGGAAGCGAUAUUGAGUGACACCAGCAAAUUUUCCUCGAAAGCCCAUGAGAAAGAAGAAACAAAAGCGCUAGAAGACUUUAUUAGGAGAAAGGUUAAAUCGUUACUUGAAAAGCAAAUAAUAGACGAGAACAUGGCUGCGUGUCUUAGGCCUGUAGGGUCGCAUAUUCCCAGACUAUAUGGACUGCCAAAAUUGCACAAACCAGGGGUACCAUUACGACCGAUUCUAUCAAUGAGGAAUUCACCUCAACAUAAACUUGCCCAAUGGUUAGUGAAGCAAAUCGAACCAAUCAGACGCAACCUUGCCGUUUAUACUACCAAAGAUACUUUCUCCUUCGUAGAUGAGCUUAAGCAUCAGAAUCUACUGAAUAAACACAUGAUCUCGCUUGACGUGCAGAGCCUGUUUACAAACGUGCCACUGGAUGAAACAAUUGACAUAAUUUGUGAGCAUGCGGGUGAAACACACCUGCCACCAGAGCAACUGCGGGAACUACUACAGAUAUGCACAAAGAAUGUACAGUUCUUGUUCAACGGGCGGCUGUAUCGACAGAUCGAUGGUGUAGCUAUGGGCAGUCCAUUGGGGCCAGUCCUAGCGGACAUUUUUAUGUCUUAUCUAGAGCGAAAACUAGCCUGGAACUUACAACGAGCCUCAUUCUAUAGGCGAUAUGUGGAUGAAAUCUUCGCUAUAGUCAAAAACCCAGGCGACGGAGAACUACUGCUCAAGGCUCUCAACAAAGCACAUGCAAAGAUCAAAUUUACGAUUGAGCAUGAGAAGAAUGACACACUGCCUUUCCUGGAUAUUCUUGUACGUAGGCGAGCAGAUGGCUCUAUUCAGAGAUCCAUCUAUCGAAAACCCACCUGGAAAGGACAAUACAUGCACUUCCUCAGUUUCGUUCCAAUUCAGAGGAAACGGAACUUGGUUUUGUGCCUGUUCAAUAGAGCCACCAGAAUCUGCUCCUGAGAUACGAUCGAUAGCGAGCUUACUUUCCUAAAAAACGUUUUUCUUGCAAACGGGUAUCCGGAGAAAUUCAUCGAUAAAUAUCGCCAUCCCAGACAAGAAACUCCUGAAGAAAUAUCUGUACCAAAAAAGUCCGUGACCAUCUACCUCCCCUUCAUGGGUGAUAAUGUGUCAAACGUGAUCAAGCGACGACUUCGGUGCACUAUCGAAAGGACGUAUGCCGCCUCUAAAUUGUUGUUCAUAAGUACCACAAUCGCCAUCCCAGUUAGACUAGCUAAAGACAUUUUGCCUAUGCACGCCACAUCAAACUGUAUUUAUGAGUUUACAUGUAGUUGCGGAUGCAAGUACAUCGGGCGCACGCAAAGGCAAUUGGCAGCUCGGUCAGCUGAACACAUGCCGAAAAGGCUACUUAAGGCGGAAAAUAAGGUACCCAGGAGCUCAAUCACAAAGCACCUAUUGGACACGGGUCAUACGGUGGACCAAAUGGUUGCAUUCAAGGUCCUGUUUCGGGCGACGACCGGGCGUCUCUUGCGCUUUGCAGAGGCCGCUGUAAUACGGAGGAGGAAACCAGAACUCUGUAAGCAGCUGGACCAUGUGAUAAACCUGGCACUGCCAUGGUAAUUAUCGAUUAUGGACGAAACCCUGUUCCCAUGUCCACCCUGUCAUUUUGCCCCCCACCCGCCCCCCACUCCCCGGCAUGACUGAAUGCUCCCCGCACGUUGCACUCCAAAUCACGCCGCACCAGUUCUCUCAUACUUGGAUGACUUCUCUCCCCCUCCCCCCCUCACCAUAUGCACCCGCAUACUAGACCCAUGUUCACAGGUUACCUAUCACGUUUUAGCUCUCUAGGUCGAUCGUUGAUUGAACAGUUUUGCCUUGUAAUAUAACUAUGCAAUGACCGUGUGCAGCUGAAUGAGAGGUCUCGAAACUUAUGACGUCAUUAAAUUCUGCAUGCUUUGUCGCCUUCGCCUUGUUCAAAUUUAUCCCAAGAAAACACUGCUUAUAUAUUUGUGCUUAUAAUCUCCUCACAGGUCAGGAGAUAAGUCCUCAGUCAAGUCAUGAAACUAGAGGAUACGUUUAUUUUGUCCCUAUCGGAAGUAAUUGCCCAAAUUAGAUCGCAGCUUUUGAAGUUUUCCGGACAAACAUUUCUGUAACGGUUCCUGUGGUUUCCGUGAACGUCUUUUUGUUACAGGUUUUGCUUCAAUAACCAACGCGACUAUAUUUCUCGCACUUCGAUACGAUUUGCCCAAGAUUUUUACAUCAGACAGGUAAGAACGGCUGGCAAAGGUAACAGUGCUUUUCUUUUGCUCAUUAGAUCGAAAUACCAAAAACUGCAAAAAUCAACAGUUUAAGUCCUUUUUAGAAAACUAUUACAUGGAUAAGCGCUUAAGUUUUUUUAGAUUUUUAAGCGCCAUAAGCAUACUAAAAGGAAUAAUUCAGUAGGAACUCAAGUGAACUUUCUGGCCAUGAAAAGCAGAACCUCCAUACCAUAGAGAAAGAAUUGAUUUAUGGCAUAACACAAGCUGUUCCGAUGCUGUGGACGCUUUUCAUUACUCAUAAUGGUAUAGAUUGUUCAUGAUUAAUUGGUUUAUUAGCUCAUUUCUCGUAAGGCAUUUAAGACGCCUCUUGGAAUAUUACAUGGUAAGGACUCUGCAUAUUUGAUCCAAAAGAUUGCGUUUUUUGUAAUUUACACCUAUAAAUUAUCAUACUUUCUUUACUUUGAGCGUUCUUAUGUAAACCGUGUAAAGGCAUUUUAAAAACCCUACACGCCCAUAUCGAGGUGCUAGGAAUCCGCAAAGCAGAUGGCGUAGAAAGUUUCAGUUAAUAGCAAACAUAAUGCGCUGCUGAAAACUCAUUUUGCUGCUUAUCGUAAGUCAUCAUUUGUUUUUCAGUUCAGUCUUAUCGCUGACAGCAGAGGUCUUCCCGUGCCUCGUAGUAUUUCAAUUGUUCGACGCCUUUGUGGUAAGACUGUGGUGCCGGACUUUUAAAAGAGAGAUUUUCACUCUCAUAUAUUUUUUAUUCAUUUCGGAAAUAAACAACUGCUCAACAUUUUAUAGGAGACUAACUGUUCAAGUAUUUAAUGUUAACCAUGCUAACCGUUCGAAUCCGUAAGACUUCUAUCCAUUAAGCUGCAACACCAAUAUAAGCACUUGAAGUCCACUGGGCUUUUAUCCUCUUCGUAGAACCACCUGUAAGGGGUAGGCGGAUGCGAAUCAGUUCAUAUCCGGAUUCUGUGAAACAGUAGGAAUAAGCAAUAUAUGGAUCAUCAAAAGCCUUUUAACCUGAAAAUGCAUGGUUAUUACUGCACUGCUAACUUGCAGGCGCUAAACAACUCACACUUCCCGGAAAGUUUAUUUCAAUUUCCGAACCACUGCUUUUCGCAGAGAACACACUAACCUUUUCAGUAAUAAAAACUCAAAAAAUUCAGUGCACACAAGCGACAUGCUGUUAUUCUAUCAUGAACCUCUUAGUGAAGAAUAAUGUUGAAAGUAAGGACAAAAAAUCCGCCUCUAGUGUCUCUACGUUUGCCAAGUUUAAACGGAAAACAAUGGAUUCGUUCACUUUUAUUGAUAAUGUCAAACGAACGGAUUCCAGGCACCCUACAUGUAGAUGGUAUGCCAUGUUCUCUGAAUAUUCCUGAUGUUUGCCCUAUAUCAAAGGACACGGUUACUAGCGUUAAAUUCCUGCAUUUCCUGUAAAUGCACAGGGCGCGGGAUGCGGCAUCGUUCGCGGCUCUGGGAUGCAAACUGUGGGUGCAUUAAUUUGCUUCGUGACACUCUACCUGAUUUUUGAGCCGCUUGGACUCUGCCUCCUCUUUCUUACGCCGUUACGUCUUCGGGGUAAGCAGUUUCCAGUUUUCUUCCAAAUUCAAAAUGACCCGUGUCUGCAAAAUUACAUGUAUAUAACAGUAGUAAUUUUUUCUGAAAUAAAAAAUAAAGUGGGUGAUUAGAUGGAAAUGCACAUAUCUCCGAAAACUGAAAUGAACCCCUACCAUAGCAGAAUGCUCUUAUACGAAAAGUGACCAUAAUACAUGUUAUUCAGAUAGAUCAUCAAAUGGGCUGCUCCUCUAAGUUCCGAGCGUUUCAGUUUAAUAAAUCUAAAGGAUUUAGUUGAAUUUUGCAGGUUUCGCGAAAAGGUCUCAUUAAAUAAUAUUCAUCUAAGGCAAUAAAAUAUACCCGUAUAUUUAGCAUGGUAUCUUCAGUCGGACAUAAUGCAUCUACCGACGGAGAUUUUCUAACUUGUACAAAGUUUCCGUAUAUUUCUUUGUUCUAACUCCUAACCUUCCCCUUAAAGCAGCUUACAAACUAUACAGGUAGACACAAGGCAGCCAGUAGCCUACAGUUAGAUCUGUGCACGUAAGUAUUAUCAUCUUUUACAGCUGACUGUGUCGACAACGACAAGGUCUUACUAGACACCGCAAUUAGACUGAUACGAAUGUGUUAAUCUGGGAUUGGACUAAAUAAGUGCAGUUAAUUUCGAAAAAAUCCAGAUUUACGAUUAUGAAAGCGGACAAGGAGGGUACUGAGCCGGUGCCAGCUUUGAGUACAAGAAAAGAAGCCCUGUGCUCCUUUUUAUUUCUUCCGUGUGCAAAUAAUUUCUAUGCGCCUUUCUUGACGGUGCUUGGUCUUAACUGAGCUCCUAACGGAGUGUAAAGUAUUUUCUUUUUUAUCAGGUUAGACAAAAGAACUGGCUUUUAUUUUGAUCAUAUCAAGCUAAUUUUCACUCGUUCAAAGUUCUGUCGGAUUGAACAAUAUUUGGACAAAAGAUGCAAAGGGCUUUUUGGGGACAUUAGUCAACCCCAACUAACCAGUCCAAAUGAUCAAGAUCAUAGGGAAAGAUAAAUUCGUCUAAACUAAUAUAUAGGACAGAGUUCAUAGGCAGCAUUUGCCCACUUACCAGGAAAUUGACUUCCAACAUGUGGAUAUGCGUGACUAAACCUCCUCCAUGCCAAUGCACUAUGCAAAAAAUCACUUUGUUCUCAUGACUGUAACUCAAUCCUUUAUGACUUAAAUGUUAGCGGCAAAUAAAGCCUUAUUUUCCGAAGGUUGUUCAAAAAAGCGCACAUCUACCUUUCGCGGUGAAGCACACCGAUUAUGUUGUCACCAUUCAUCCAGUAAAUGAGCAGAUUCCGUAUUCGCAAGGAUGUUAACAUUUUGUGCGAUGACCACUUGAAUGUCUCAGCAGAGUCUUUGAUGACUGAAUUUCCGCACCGGUGUUGUUACAAUUCACUUGACCAAAACGUGUGAGCAGAGCAAGUAGCUGACGUUCCUGGACGUCCUCUUCAGUCGGAAGGAUAAGGAGAUACCGAUGAGGACGGUGCGCAGGAAGGGCACUAACACAGACUAAAUCCUGAGUUAAUACAAAAAUUUAAUCUCAUCGUGGCAACACAACUGUGUGCGAGCUCAAUGUAAAAUAUUGGAAGCAUUCUGUGCCGGAACGAGGGGCAAAGCAGCAAAAACUGACAGGUAUCCAAAGCAGUCAGACGCCGUUGUUCGACUUCCGGUGAUUGGCGUUGCAGAGGGGCCUGAAGCGACACUCUGGAGGUAUCAUGACUCCAAUGGAGGCGAUACCUCAUAUAUUUUUUCUUGAGUCCGAUGAAGCUACAGUCAACCAAGGCAAAUAGGAGAAACUAUUAGGAGACCACGAACACGCCAUAGUAGGUUACCGUCAAUGCGCCCGCCACGCCGAGUCAGAAAAGACGGUCGGUAGUGUGCGUAUGUUUUAAGAUGAUAAAAGCCACACCCAACAUAGGAUAACGUGUCCUCUAAUAACAAGAUGCGGCCGAGGGGAGGUGGCUUUAUCAAACAUCUGAGAUAAAAAGAAAAAGACGGAAAUGUAGAAUUCUCUUGAUGAAUGCGCUGGUGUGGGCAUAGGUGGAGGCUCCUUCGUUACGCAUUAGCUGAUUAAGGGGAAGAAGGAGAGGAAAGGGGGGGGUGCCUGCAUGCGGGUGAGGUGAGGCGGCGCUGGAGUUAUAGGGGAAGCCGUGACUCAGCAGGCGCCGAGGUAAUGGAUGCCAAGCACUUGGGUGAGCAUAAUGAUGAACUAGAUACCGAACAUGGGGAAGAAGACGCAUACGGACGAGGGAGUUAAUGUAAACGCUGGCGGCGAGGCAACCAAGGGCGUCAGUAUUAAGGCUUAUGACAAUUGCCCUUACUAGAAAAGUGACGUUUCCUUCCCACCAAUGCAGGCCACCGCGUCCAACCGAUACGUGGACAAGGCACAGACAUGCGACCAUACGCGCUAUUAGUUAGUGUGGAGUACGGUAUUACCAUAUCCACCGAUGGCUUUAACCUAUUAAUCGGAUCGGGAGAAUAUACUUUUUGUUCCUGCGGUUCAUCUUCUUCUUCCUCUUUUAAUAAUUUGGGCAGUCUUGAAAAAUUAUAUCCGUUUGUCGGCAGGGGUGUGGUAUGUUAUCCAGCUAGGCAACUGUUAUUAGCUACAGCACUAACGUCAACGGUGACCAUGUCUGUGAUGGGUUACCCUAACCAUUGACCUUAAAUCAUUUCAGGGAAGCUAGAACGCAACAAUAAUUGUAAUCCAAGCCCUAAAACCCGUACCUUGACCCUGAUCCCAACUCUUACCGUACGACCUCAACUCAAAACCAACAAUGCCAUUCCUAUUCCCAAACCCUAAAUCCAAACCACAACCGAAGCGCAGCAACCCUAGACCUAAGAAUAAUCCGACUCCUAACAAUAACCUAAACCCCUGCCGUAGUACCAACCCUAAUUUUGAGGUCGAAACAGGCAACGUUGACGGCAUUAAAGCAAGGAAAGGUCUAAACCCGUGUGUCACAUAGCUCCUUUAGCGACCUUUUGUUAGGCAAACCUUUAUGGAUCACGUUUACAGUAAAUGUGCUAACUCAUGAAAUUUUAACCGAAAUUCUUAAAUGCGUUUUCGUUCCCGAAGGCUUACUUAAUUAGGGUUGCAAAAUUAAUCAACUUGUAUCACAAUUAUACAAUGAAUCCGCCAUUUCGAGACGCUGGCUUUCGAACAAGCUUCUUUUCGGCUGUAUGCAAAAACCGCAAUAUGUAGAAAUGACUGGUUAAAUAGCAUGAAUUCCUCACUUCGGUUUUCGAUUAUUUAAAAUAUUAAAUCAUAUUUUAUGCAAAACAUGCAUAAAAGUAUUCAUUCGUUUACUCCUUUGGUAGAAAAUUACGUCUUCUUUAAAUUGUAUACUCGAGGAAAGGGUAUAAUUUGGUCUUUCAAAAGUUCAUAAUUAUGAGACUUUUUAAUAAAGUGAAAUGGCCGUUCAUAAAACAUCGUGUCUCUGCAUUUACCAAUGUGACUUUAAUGCUUGCAAUGUGGCUCAAAUCCACUGCUAAAUUUUACAAAACCCAUAUAAUCUCCUUUUCAUAUCGCAAGUAAAUGUAUGGUUUUCCGUGCGUGAAAAAUAUGCGGCUUGUAGUUUGUAAACCCUGACUGGAAUCUUAAUGGAAGGUACAACCUAAAAUUACUCAGGAAUUGGAAACGUUUUUGAAAACCGAUUUAUACCUUUUCUUGGAGUAUAAAAUAGGAAGAAGACGUCAUUUUCUGGAAAUGUGUAAAAGAAUGAAUAGUUUUAUGCAUGUUUUGCACAAAACGUAGUUACGUUUUUAAAAUAAUCGAAAUUCAAUGAGUUAAAUUUAUGCUAUAUAGGUAGUCAUUUUCUGCAGAGUGUGGUUAUUGCAUGCGGCCAGAAAGAAGCACGUUCGUGAGCCGGCAUCCCGAAGUAAUUAAAUCACUAUCUACUUAUGCUGCUAGGUACUUAAUUUUAAAGCCCUCCUUCAGUGAUCUUUUCGAAAGGAAAACGCAUUUAAGAAUUGCGGUUAAAAUUUCAUGAGUUAGCACACCUGCUGUAUCCAAAUAAGGAUAAAGUUGGAUUUUUGAACAAACACCCAGGAGGGUUAUAUACCCCGCAUACGCGUGUUUGUAGAGUUAGUAAAAUUUAAUCGUUUCUUUCUUCAUAUUGUGAAUCUACGUUGAGAUUUGUCUUAGCGUUUUAAUUAUUACGGAUUUUAGGUCUCUGGUGGGCUCUGGCAAUGGGUAGUUUUGUGGAGGCGGUCGCCUACACAGCUGUCUGUUUUAAUAUCAACUGGCAACGUCAAGUGGAACUGGUGAGAACUUUAUUACCUAUUACUAUCACUUUUGUAAGACAAAACGCUACCUCAAGUAGGAACUUUAGGUAUCAUUAGUGGAUUUGUAUCCCCUGUCGCCAUUAUUUCGCACCAAGUACCUUAGAAGAUUGACAGUGCAGGAACUUCCGAAAAAUCCAAUAAGUCGUACUUACCCUCUUCUAAAUCUCUCGCAUUGUUUAAAAUAACAACGUGCAUUGACUCCUUCUUGGUGGAAAUUUUCUAACCGUAAAUGUUUUUGUGGACGUUUUCUUCAAUUUUGUCAGUAUUUUUCACUUUUCGGUAUGCUGCUUAACGAAUUCAUAGUCAAAUUACGAAAUCAUAUGUUCGGACUUCCAAUAUAGUGUCCACACCCUGUUAGUAUCGAUUUGAGAAUAGGCCAUAACCAAAGAAAAAUGCGCUAGAGGCUGUAACCUAUUCACUAUGUUCAUCAGCAUACGUAUAAUUUAGUAGGUACAUUCACGAAAGUUUAUGCAUGAGCGUCUUUCUUUCAACUGGAAUUUUCUAGUAACUAAGGUGUCCACAAGUAUAAACAUCUGCUUAAAUACUUUGUUGAAUUAUGUCUAAACGAUGUGUUUGUAGAUUGUUGUUCCUAAGUAAACGCAGUAUAUUUUAUUUAUUGUGAAAUGAAAAGUUGUGAUUUUUUUCCUAUCCUCCUGUCUCUUUUCUGAUUACGAGUCAAAAAUCCCGUAAAGCAACGUAAAAAGGGGUUCUUAAAAAAGAGUAAUCGACCGCAAGUCUCUCAUAGUAAGCUACCGCACUUUUCACAGCAAAUCUUAAACCCAACGGAGAGAAAACCGCGGACAAAACAAGGUAUGAUUUUUUACAUAAGCUAAUUGACGGUUUUUCAGCAGUUUUUAAAUGGAAUAAAAGAGGAGUAUUAGAUCUCAUAAGGACGAAGCGAAGAAAACUAACGUUUUUUCGUAAAUAAAUUCAGGAAGAAAUAAAAGAUUUAGUUCCUUAGCCCAUAUCAAGAAAAGUUAACGCCAAAAGUUCAGAGUUGGAAAAAAGCGUUUCAGCGACAUCUGCGCAACAUUUAAAGAUUCAGGCAGAAAACAAAGACAUCUCAUCAUUUCGGUGGUCUAUAACCUUGCACGGUCAGUUCGUCGAAAAGCUGAUGAUAAUAUUUCCAUAGCAUUCCGUCUGCCUCUGGUCUUUUUAUGGUUUCAUUUAAACUGUUACUAUGUGUAUUAAAGCAGAUUUCUCUUGGAGAACAAAAUAUGAGUGUAUUCAAAAGGCUCAUUUGCCUGAAACCUGGCUUGUGACAAUGAAAAUGUGUCCAAAUUUUUCUUAGAUACUUCCCUUACAAUUCGUUCUGCAGACACGGCUUUUCAUUUCCAACAAUAGGCAAUUGCAAGAACCCACAUCUCUCUGGAAAGGGAACGACUACCGUCUGGUGAGAUUCCGGUCGUUGAUGAGACUGAUUCUCGAACAACUCUGGUCACUACGGCAGUUACGUUUUUACGCAGUUACGGUGUUAGAGCGUCGAGCAACUGCGUAGAACGUCAGAAUGCCAUGAUUGAAGCAGAAAAACCAGGACCGCUUUCUUGUAGGUCCAGUUUACUUUGCCCUAUAAAAUUAGGCCAGUAUGUCGCUCUGAAAAGCUAUGAAACUCAGUUGGCGUUUAGUGAAACAAGCUUUGCAUAGAAAAUUGAAUUGUAAACGCCUUAGUUUUAGCGCCAUUAUUUCGUCUUACACAGGUAGUUUCUGGAUGGCACUCGUCCUGCAGAAACCUUUUCAUCACGUCCGAGGUCUAAUAUGGUUAACAGUCACUGAUUAAUGCCUGAUUUCUGAUAAUCUUAGUACGAUGUGCAAGCAGUCGGCUCCGCGCAUUUCACAACCUGUGUAGACGGCGAUGGGAAGGGACAACAAGUGCAGACCAACUUAUAGCAUCCUUUCAGCUGUCAGUGCCAUAAGGUGCAUCUACUCAUACGAAUACAAUCUUGCAUUCUGGACUAUAUAAAGGUAUAUUUAACGAUGUGUAAAACGCUCGAGGUAGGCCACAAUCUACAACAACUAGAUUCAAUUUAAAUUACUUUUAACAGUGAAAAUGUGUGAAUCAUUCGGCCGAAAAUUUUCUCUUAACGGAGACAGCAAUCGAUCAGAGUUCCUGGAUGACGUUGUCGGCUGUUAGAUUCCGAUUCACAGCUGACAUUUUGCGGUUUUGCUAGUUUUGUAGUACAGUUGAAAAAUAGCUAAGCUAAAAAACUGUGGCAUUGGGGAAUAAGAAGAAAAUGUCCGAGACGCAGGAAGAUAGCGUUGUUGUGGUUAAUAAAGGUAUUUCAGCAUACAUUUGACCUUUCGGGUUGUAUCACCGAAGGCAAGUAGGAAACAAAAACAAAACCAUAUAUGAGCUUCCCCUCUCACCGAUAAAAAACUAGCAAUUUUGCAAAUACUGCCAUCUGAAACAAUACUCCAAUUAACAAUAUCUUUGUGUUGUGAAGACCACUCUCAAAAAUACGUUGAAAUAAUUGCUAUUUUAGAUGUGCCGGAACAUCAAAAUGGAGACGUUUUAUUGCCAGCCAGCCCUUCAGAAGUCAUAUUGGUUCCAAGUUCAACUCGUCUCCCAAUGGCACUUUUCUGUAGGCGUUUGAUCCUCUUAGCAGGGCUUGUGCUAAUAUUUAUCAUUAGCCUGAUGUGCCGACUUUGUCUUCACUGGUCUGACUAUUUUGGUGUAUUCUGCGUCUACGAAGAUGGUUCUUUUGAGAGGAUCGAGUGGCCGACCGGUGCCUACCAGAAUGACUCCUUUGUCCCUAUGUUUGACAUUCUCCCCAUAAAUUGUAGUCUUAUAAUGCCCUGA